CAGAGGCCCCAGCGGCCUCCCAACACCGCUCAAAAGGUUGCAAUCCGUAUCACAAAGUUGGCUCAAGCCGUUUUUGGCUCAGCAUUUGGGCGAAGAUUUGUUUUACCGUCCAGAUCUGGAGCCCUGCACAAUACUGCAGCACCCCCACUCCAGGCACCGCAGGGAUGCCGAGUUUUGCGGGCGACAGUCUCCAUCCCGUCAGCGAGCAGCGACCAAGGCCAGUGUUGGCGUGGGCGGAGGCAUCCAGCGUGGCGCCCGCACCGAGGCAGCCCUCGACUCCCAGGGUGGCCCGCGGGCGCCCCUGCGGAGUGGGCCACGGCGGGGCCGUGCCGGGCCCCGGCGGCCUCGGCCCCAACAGGAUCCGCAGACCCCAUUCGCUCCGAGCUCCCCAGGGUUCGGCACCUGUGGCUCUCGAAGACCUUCCCAACACGAGGAGGCUCGACAUGCGCAUCCGCAAGCCUCGCAUGGGCAGCCGCACGUUACGCCGGCUCUUGGCCGGAGCCUUCGCGCCGCCCGAGUUGUUGCCGGGAGUGGAGCUGGCCAGCGGCGGGGCAGUGGGCAACCAGGCGAGCGACAUCGAGGCCACCUGCGUCCAGGAUCUGCCGAGUCCUGGCCAGAACAUCUCCCGCAGGUCGGGCGUGUGGUAAUGAGGGGUGACCUACAUGGGGGGUGGAGAAAAGGGCCCUACAGAGGCCCCUUAGGCCUUUGGGCCCCUUUAGGAGCCAGCAGGGGCCAAAAAGAGUCCCUAAACGGCUCCGUCUGGGUCCUUCGUCGGACGGUGCUAGGACGAGGACAAAUUCGUUCCAGAGCGUUCCAGAACGCUCUCAGAGCGUUUCGGAACGCUCUGAGAAGGCCGCGGUGCCCGAGAUAUCCUCCAGAGCCGCUGGAUCUCAGAGAUUCUCGAUUUACCCUCACCUGAUUUCAUUUUCGCCCUGGCUUCGUCUCAGGGAGCAAGACGAGCAGCGAGCGGACGGAGGUCACCCCAUGGAGGCCCCCCCGACUGCCACCCGCCCGAGCAGGCCGCCCGUCUUCGACGAGCGUGAGAGGAUCCCGUGCUCCCUCCUGGGCCCCAGCCGGUUCGGCCGCGAGCCGGCCGAGCCCGCGCGUCCUUGAGAGGGGGUGCCUGGCCAGGCUCGCCCCCGCCGCGCCACGAGGUCGCUGUCGGCGAGGGGGGGAAGGCGCCUGGCCUCCAGCAGCUGUGGCUCUUUUUUUUUACCGGCGCAGACGGGGCUGGACGAAGACACGGCGACGAGCGACGA